GGUUGGUGAUGGCGCCGGAAGGGAAAAGCCUGAUGGUGGCAUGCAUUGCUUAUGGCCCGACCGGUUUUACUACUACCACUCCGCCAUGUCUUAAAUGCAGUCGACUGUAGGUAGCGAGAAGUCGGCGUCACCAGUGGGUCAGUAGACAGUUUUGAUUUUGGGUAUUUUUGUUUUCUUUGUGAAAGUGAGAAAUAACUAGUCCAAUCCCACGUGCAGGGAUGUAACGUCACCACUUCUGCAAAGACCACCGAACCACACCUGAGAUUUCUCCAAAUACGCCCGGGUGUAGGUUGAAUACUCUGGUGGUUAGGGUUAACAUAGUUUUUAUCUGCCAAACGUCCGUCUCGCUUACAUCAGGAGAAUCGGGGUCUAAAAGGACAGCCGAGAGAUGGGGGAUAUGGGCACUAUGGAACGCCGUUACGCUAUCCCUUCCAGUACGCUGUCAGAACCAGCGACAAGAUAUCGAACUACCGAGGAUUUACAUGCCUGGAGCAUCUAUAGGCAAAAUCUGAACUCUGAUUUUACCGACAGCGCUCUGGGAACUUCGGAAAAAUCUCAACCUCCUUUCGGAAACUUCCAGCUUCGAGAAUCAACCGUUCAGACCAUUUUGAACCACCCUAAAUACGGCCCAAGGGAGCGGCAAUCAGAAUUAGGGGGAAGUAUUUUUUCCUACCUUCGUUUCGGUUUGCCACGCGUAUUUCCUCCUUCUCGACUACAUCGCGACGGCUCGAGCGGUUACGACUCCAGUGACGACGAAUCUCCUUAUAUGGACAGACGACGUGCUCGGAGCGAUCCAGAUUUUCGUAACCACGUGAUUCGCCGAGAUGAUCGUGUAGCCGAAACGUCAUUUGUGCGCCCGGAACGACGACUAAAAGCCAGUAGCGAAGCUGACCUCUUGAGUCCCGAAAUGUACAACCGCCAAGACUAUCGCAACGCCAAACAACGGGUCAUGCGCGCCCAACACGAGUCACGUGAUGGGUAUCAUCGAGAUCCAAUGCCAAGAGCCGUGGGUCACUUCGAAAGACGCAACUAUGCAGGAUCAAAAGCUGGAUCUCAUAUCUCACUGAACUCGCGUGCGUCUCGUGCACAUCACGAAGUUCGAGGAGAUACACGGCUGGAUGGAUUUUACGGAAACGAAAUGCCCAUCUUAAACGACAAAUUCUUCCCUAAAGACACUUUCUACUCGACCCUACCUGGUGGAGAAAGUGAAAGUAUUCCUGUUAAACACCCUCAUUUGCAGGUGCGGGACAUGUCGUUCGAAAUCGAUAAAUCCUCAGCUUUCCAGAGGCUGUGUGGGGGUGCCAGAACAAAACUGAGGCUUCUGGAUGGCUUGUCUUUUGAGGUCCGCGGAGGAGAGAUCCUCGCCAUCAUGGCGACUACAGUACUAGAGGGCACUACCAUACUAGAAAUUUUGGCGAAUCGCUACCGCAAGGUGCGGUGUCGUUUACAUGGAGACAUCAUAGUUAAUGGACUGCGCAUGUUACCAACUGAGCUGGAGCAGUGUGUUGCGUAUGUCCAGAAAGAAUCUGAGUUCAGCCCAGAUAUGAGCGUUCGACAGACUCUUCUUUUCGCAUCCCUUCUUCAAGAACCGAGCGACUUGAGCAGAAAUAGGGACACAAAAGGACGGAUUAAUGCCUUAUUGGAGGAUCUUGGCCUUGGGCAAGUAAAGCACACGCGAGUUCGUGAUCUCACAGAAUCGGAGAAAAGCCGACUUAACGUUGCUUGUCGACUUUUGUUGGAUACCGACAUUGUGUUGUUGGAUCAACCAACUAAAGGAAUGGACAUCUUUGACACUUUCUUCCUAGUGGAAUAUCUUCGCCAGUGGGCCGCUAGGGGGCGUAUAGUGAUUCUCACUAUCCAUCCACCGACUUAUGAAAUAUUUUCCAUGAUUUCAAGAAUUGCUCUGGUUUCCACGGGAAGAGCGCUGUUCUUUGGAAAGCGAAAAGACAUGCUCCCGUACUUUGCUUACAUUGAUUUUCCUUGCCCAGCCUAUAAGAAUCCAUCUGAUUAUUACUUGGAUUUAGUGACACUGGAUAGUUUGUCACCGGAAGCCAUGUUGGAGUCGAGUCAACGAAUUGAAAAUCUUGCAGAAAUAUUCCGUCGUCGACAGGAGGCGCUAUCUGAUCCUGGUCCUCCAGCCAUGCCCCCACCUACUGUCAAACGAGCCGGUUUCUUCUCUCAGGUUUUAGCUCUCUGGAUACGAGUUUUAAUCUACAUGUUUCCUUACAAUGUUCUGCACUUCAUCAAUAACGUAUUUUUGUCUUCGUUGAUGUCUGUUCUGGUUGGAGUAAUUUACUGGAAAGUUCGAGGUGGACUUGAACAAGAGUUCGUUCUUGAUAGGAUCGGAAUGUAUUACGUCAUAAUGGGCGUGGCCUUGUUGCCGAUGAUGUUGAAUUACAUAACAGAUGUAUGGCGAGAUAAAGACCUUGUAUCACGUGACAUAAGGGAGGGGCUGUAUUCCCGUUUGGCGUACCUCAUAUCAAAGCUGACUUACAGUUUACCACCAGCUGCUGCUGUGUGUCUCGCUUACAUCGUGCCAGUCUAUUCCAUAGCUGGGUUGGAAUCGGACUCCAGAGUCGGCUCCUUUGGUAUCUAUAUAGGCUACAUGCUGCUGUACUUACUGACCAUGCGAAUGCUUUUUAUGGCUCUUGGUUGGAUGCUGUCCUCACGCCACCUAGCGGCGGGUUUGGCUGGCUUCGUUCUAACCCUCUGUGCAACCCCUGCCGGAUAUACAGUCCAUUUCACUGGUUUGUCUCCAGUGCUGUUCUGGUUACAGUGGGUAUCUCCAAUGCGAUGGAUGAUGGAGCAAGUUGUAAUCUGGGAGUUUACAGGUAAGCAAGUGAGUGAUGCCAAGUAUUACUGCACUCGAAAUCCUGUGGUGAAACAGGAAAGCGGCAUCCUAGUGAAAGCCGAUUGUGGAAUAGUUAGUGAUUCCGACGUACUGCACUUACAUGAUUACCAAACAACAUGGCCGCUCUAUCAGCCAAUCAUCAUCACUCUUGCUUUCCAUCUAGCUUGGUUUCUGUGUGGUUUGGUAGCAUUUGUUUUCGUUAAACAACAAUCUAAGCGAGCUUACAAGAAGGCGACCGACUAAUUCCAAUCCACCUGGUGAGCAUGUUUCGAAAUAACUCGGGAUAUUUGAGCUAUUCUAGUAGAUGCUGAAAUACGACAGUGAAAACGUUAGCAUCUACAAUUUUGAAGUGCAGGUGUUGAAUACGUUUGAUGUAGAUUUAACUGUUUCUAUCAGUUGACUUUAGCUAUUAAUAUACUCAAAACGUUUUUGCAAAAACAUAAGUUUAAAUUCACUAUGUCUCGAGAGAUAAAAAAAAUCACUGCUACGUUAAUAUUUGGGGGAGAGAUGCAUUUGACUGUACGUUAAAUAACCUAAAGGAGAAGAACACGAUUAGGCUUUAUGUUUGGAACUUGUUCAGUUAUCCUUAAAAUUCUCAUCUAGAAAAAAAUUUGAAGGGUAUUUUUUUUUCCUAUAUGAUUUAAAGAGUGAUUUAAAUAUGUAUUAUUGGUGUCGGCAUUUUUAUUAUAAAGAUUCUCUUUCGUCACACCAAAUGUUGUGACUUAUUUAGAGAAGUCUAGGAUUAUUUUGUUGUUUGUGUAUGCUGUUGGUCAGUAAAAAAUGUAUUCAACUAACGCGUAAAAUUUUGAUAACAUCUAAAAAAAAUUUUAAGAAAUGAAAAUAUAUCCAAACAUGAAAUUUUGGAAUAUUUGUUGAUUGAAAAGGUGGUUUUAAUUAGUAAACUGGUGCAGUAGGAAUUAAUAGUUUGUGUGAAUAACGAUUUUUAUAUAUUAACAUCCAAAUGAAGUUAUACUAUUACUUAUGUCAUGAUUAUUGAAUACCUCAAAAUAAAUAGCAUGCUAGUUUGCAUUCUGUCCUCUAGGCGGCAGCACAGUUAAACUUGAUUUUUUUUUUUUAAUGCUGAAGCUUCCAGUUUAUUUUUGUAGGGAACGUGCCAAACUGUGGAUUACAAGUUCCCGCCAAAUGUGUUUACCUAUCAAUACUAAUGUAUUCUCUUUUUGUUGUUGUUGUUGUUUGUUUGUUUCCAAUAUCAUUAAACCUAUUCUCACUGUUAUUUAAUCCUUUUUAUUUGUCUAAGUUAAGUUCAGAAACAUUUGUGUAUAUUGCAUUUAGGAGGCCACAUUUUAAUUACACGAGUGUUGUAUAGAGGGCGUAAUUGUGCUACGUAAGAGUUACCCUAACGUUUCUGAUUUUCAAACAGCAUUUAUAACUUUCCGAAGCUAUGUAAGU